UCGGCGGAACUUGGACUCAUUGAUUAUUACUCAUCAAUCCCAUUAUAAAACGAUCGAAAAAGUAAAGAUAUUACCUACUUUGUGGGGCCAAAACACACAGUCAUAUUUUAAUGCUCUGAUUUAGUCAUCCAAAGUCAGUCUGUGAACGCGCAAUCCUGCUGAAGCUCGCAUUCUGGGACGAACAGGUAAACGCUGAGUGUGGUAACAGUUUAGUAAUAAUGCACGUUAAAAAAUGAAGAAAAACUGUUACAUUUUGUAUAUUAAAAGUACAGUAUUUGCAUAUACUAAAUAAAAUAUGAUUGACAGAAGCGCGCGCGCUCCUCAAUGCGCGCUCAUAUCAGCAUUUAAAGAAUGUGUGCGCGCAGCAGACGAAGCACGGAUUGAAAAAGUGAAGAGAAAACAGUUUUUUUAUCUCGUCAUCUCUAAAUAACUUACAUCUGUUUAGUCAUAACUGAAGUCAGUCUGUGAAUGAGCAAAUCAGUUAAAACUCGUGUUUAAUUAUUGUUAAGAAACGAACAAGUGAAGUUAUACAUGUAGUAACACACUAAUGUACGUUUUAAUGUAAAAAAGCUUUAUCUUUAGUAUUUUUAUAUACAAUAUUUGCAUAUGUAGCUAUUAUGUAAUUAAUAAGCUGCGUGAUCCUCAGCAUUGCGCGGGCGCGCAUCAUGCCCUGAGUAUAAAAGAAUGUGUGCGCGCUGCAGAGCGCACAGAGGUGCGCGGAAAAGGCACUGAAGAGACCGCGCUCCUGUUACCUGACAAGUAAUGAUCCACGGGGGAAAACACAAUGAUCGAAAUGAACACGAGAUGAAUUAGAUGAAUGGAUAGUUUCACCAUGACAACACUGUGAAUGGGAAUCUGCCAUGGAGAGGAAUAACACCAGUCAAACUCUGGCACUUGGAGAAUGCGAGCACAUGUUGGAUCCCACUGCAGGGCUGGACAAUUGUACAGAUGGUGCCAGUGGGAACCUUUCAUUACGCUGCUGGCUGCAUUUGUUGACUAAGGAGUCUAGUUCAACCCUGCAAGGUGAUGGGUCUAGCCUGGCUGUGCGUGUAAUGAUCGCCCUGAUUUAUUCAGUGGUGUGCGCUUUGGGACUCGUAGGGAACUCGCUUGCGCUCUACCUCCUGCACUCUCGGUACCGGCAGAAGCAGUCCUCCAUCAACUGUUUUGUGAUGGGUCUGGCGCUAACUGAUCUACAGUUCGUCCUAACCUUGCCGUUCUGGGCCGUGGACACUGCAUUGGACUUUCGCUGGCCUUUUGGAAAAGUCAUGUGUAAAAUCAUCAGCUCGGUGACAACUAUGAACAUGUACGCCAGUGUAUUUUUCCUGACCGCCAUGAGCGUGGCCAGGUAUUACUCCAUCGUGUCCUCGUUGAAAAUGCACAGUCGGCGUGCGGCGGCGGCUGCAGCCAAAUGGAUCUGCUUGAGCAUUUGGGUCGUGUCGUUGAUCGCCACACUUCCACAUUCUAUAUAUUCUACUAUAGCUCAAGUAUCCACGGAUGAGGAGCUUUGCCUGGUCCGUUUUCCCGAAACGGGCAGCUGGGACCCACAACUGUUGCUUGGUCUUUACCAGCUUCAGAAGGUCCUACUUGGAUUUCUGAUUCCUCUAGUGGUGAUAAGCGUCUGCUAUCUCCUACUGCUAAGAAUCGUGCUGAGCCGCAGGAUCAGCGGGGUCAUCGGAUCCGAAAGCGAGGUGGGUCGCCACAAGCGCCGUUCUAAAGUCACGAAAUCCGUCGUGAUUGUAGUCCUUUCCUUCUUUUUGUGUUGGCUGCCAAAUCAGGCGUUGACUCUGUGGGGCGUCCUUAUCAAGUUUGACCUGAUACCUUUUAGCAAGGCCUUCUACAAUGCCCAGGCAUACGCCUUCCCCCUGACCGUUUGCUUGGCCCACACAAACAGCUGCCUUAAUCCUGUCCUUUACUGUCUGAUAAGGCGAGAAUUUCGUGCUGGACUCAAAGAGCUUCUGUGGAGGGCUACACCGUCCUACAGCAGCAUCGCUCGGCUGCUCCCACGUAAAGCAAAGGUGGCUGAGGCGCCUCCGGUUCUGGUCUUGGUGCAAAUGGACGUGUGAUUGCAUCUUUACAGUGGAAAGACGCAUCCUUCAGAUUCUCUUCUUUACCCUGUCUUUGAUUUUGAUUGACAGAACGAAGCAUGCGUGAAAAACCUCCUCUGGGAGCUGCCCCAGUUUUGCUUCCUCGCAUUCAGAAUCACUUGCACAUUUGUUACACCAGUCCUUUCCCCCUGUCUUUGGACUCUCUGAUCUACCUGUACUGUUUUCAAUGCAUCUCAGGCCAUCAAACACACACUGGGAUUUCAAGACUCACCUGUUUUUCUUGCUGCCAGGAACUGUUUAAAGAUUCUUACCAAGAUGCCCUUCAAAGAAACAAUGAAUUAUCCAUUUGAGCUGAGAUGUAGUAGAGGGGCUUCAUUUUAUUUCAUGAGAUAUCAAGUUAAUUAUGUGUGUGGGGGGAAGGGGGCAGUCACUAGUAAAUUCAUUAAUAAUUGAAUCAUGUUAAAUAUUUAUUAUAAUUUAUCAUAAAUAUUGCAGUUUAUGUCAAAUCUAAAGUUUGAAUUUAUUUACAUAUUAGGUUGCACAAAAGAAGAAACGCUGUCAAUGUAAACAAUAUAAUAGCUAAACGUGAAUCAUUAAUAUAUUGACAAAAAAAUGUAAGCACCUAUUGAAUGAUUAAGAGAAAAACUGUGCAUAGUAUGUGAUCAUUUCUCUUUCAAUUUCAGUCUUAAUAGAGCUAAGUAGUUAAUAUUAAGUAGUAAUUCAUACAAACGUAAAGUUAUCAUAUAUCAUAAAAUAAUAUCUUCAUAUUUGAUCUUUUAAGGAAUAAAAAUGAUGUCAUAAUUUACUAACCCUUAUGCCCAGAGGCGUCAUGCACCAUUUUUUUUUAAGGGGGCACAGUGUGCACAGUUCACCGAAAUUUGUGCAUACACAGACAUCAAACGAAAUAUUAUAGAGCUUUUAGUCUUUUCCAUGACACUUACAUUUCUAACAAUCUGUACUAUUAUAUUAUACUGAACUAUACAAUUAUAAAACUAUAAUUUUAUGGAAAAACCUCCAAAAUAAAAGUGUUGACUAACUUUCAUAUCAAAUACUUUUUAAUCGGAAUAAUGACAUAUUGUUAUGAUAUUUACAUCUGAAAGGGCAUGUUUUAUUUAUUUAAGUUUUAAUAAAUUACUUGUUUAAUUGUGUCAUUAAUGCAUUUUGCACAACAACUAGAUUAUCCUAUAAAAUUAAUGUAAUUUUAAAUCCAUUAUAUAAACAACAAAAAUGACAUAAGCUAUAGCCACGUGAUUGAUUUUAAUGUUCAAUAAUGAUAAAAUUUGUAGAUAAAAUUAUUAGAGGAACGCAUUAUUGCAUCAAAUUUGACCUCAUAUGUGAACAUGUGUGAUUCCGCACCUGCCGCCAGAAUAAAGUAAUGUAGCAUGAUCAAAACGCCGAAAAUCUCUAAAAAGUGACCCAGCACGUAAUUGAUAAUAUUGUGCAUAUUAAACAGAUGAAAAGAGCUUCUUUGAUUUUGAGGUUGCAUGCAAAAUCAAUUUUUUCUCAAUAAACCAAGGGGGCACGUGCCCCCUCAGUUUGAAUGGACAUGACGCCUCUGCUCAUGCCACCUGACUUUUUUCAGUGAAACACAAAAGCAGUUCACCAGAAUCGGGCUGCUAUCUUCUAUACAAUGAAUGAACGUGGGUGGAGAUCAAGACCACUAUAAAAGCAUCAUUAAAGACAACUUUUUGAUGAA